AUGGCUGGUUCCCAUUCGAAGAGCAUUAUUGACUCGGUGGAAAAUUUUUGGAACACGGAAAUGGACGGCCUCUCCCACGACGACAAUCUCAAAAUCCUUACCGCGGGCUCGAACAAUAUGUACAGCAUUGCCAAAUGUGCGAAAGAUCUGCUCGACGACAAGGACGGCCUCAAAGCAUACUUGACAUAUCAGCGACUGGUCAAAGUCCUCGAUUUCGCUUUUGAGGGAGUACAGUCACUCAAGAAAAAUACCUCGGAAUCGGGCCUUUCAACAAUAGUACGCACCAUUACCGACUUUGAGAAAGUUUUGGAUUCCCUCAAGCGCGACCUCCGUCCAGAAAAUGUCGUUGAGUGCUCUCGGCCGCUCUUGCCCUCUGCCCUCUGCCCUCUGCCCUCUGCCCUCUGCACUAAUUGCGCUGGACUGCCCUCGAGUGUGUUUGAGUGUUUGGUGGCCAAACCUUUUGACCCACAGCCGACAAAAACUGAUUCUUGGACGAAAAGCGUCGGUUGUGAUUGGAUGGUGGAUGAUGUAUGA